UAUUGACGCGUCAUUAUGGCUAAAGAAGAAGCAUCUACUGGAGUCGCUGUCCGUCUGGCAGCGAGAGACGGAACUCUGAAUGGUGUCACAUCUGGCCUCGCUCCUUCCUAUCUCCAAGCGAACCUCAUUGUACUCCCAUCACGCUACGCUACAGACUUUCGCCUGCUCUGUGCCCGGAAUCCUGUGCCAUGUCCUCUCCUUGCCGAAUCUGCACAGAUUGGCUCCUACGACAGUCUCAAGUCUUACAUAGACGGCCUGAAGGGUGACAGAAUCGCAUCUGACAUCGACAUCCGCCACGAUGCUCCGCGAUACAUGGUCUAUCAGGAUGGACGAUUGACGACAUCGCACAUCACGAACAUUGCUUCACAGUGGACAGAAGAUCAUGUUGCUUUCUUGAUCGGCUGCUCAUACAGCUUCGAGACUGCAUUGAUUGAUGAUGGUCUUCCACCUCGCCAUACUGUCAUGGGACGAAACGUGCCUAUGUAUCGAACGAAUAUUCCACUCUGCCCUGCUGGCGCCUUUACGGGAUCGACUUACGUUGUAUCGAUGCGUCCAUACAAGCGGUCUGAUAUAGAAAGAGUGAGGGAUAUAACUCGGCCAUUUGUGACUACACACGGUGAGCCUAUAGCAUGGGGUUGGCAUGGCAUGCGAAACUUGGGUAUCGCAGACAUCAACAGCCCUGACUGGGGAGAUGCUCCAGUGGAGCUUGAUGGACAGCCGCUCGAUUCAACCAACGAGGAUGUCGUUCCUGUAUUCUGGGGCUGUGGAGUUACACCCCAGGAAGCCGUCAUGAAGGCUGGAUUGAAGGGCACAGUCUUAGGACACGCACCUGGACACAUGAUAUUACUUGAUGUCAAGGAUGAGGAUGUAUUCACUAUCGCCUGA